GUGGCCCUUGGGAAAAUUAAUUGCCCACCGCUGUCCUAAAUGUUCAUCCUUUGCUAUCUGCAGGUUAAACUAGAAAAUUAGCUGAAUUUCAAGCACCUAUAUCUGGUGCCUGCAGACAGCUGGCAUGAUGGAGGUUCAUUAAUGUUUGCUGUUCUGUAACCUACUCUCUAUUUUAACAGAACCUGAAUUCUAGGGCUUAGUUCUACCUACACCCCAUAUCAGCAUAAAGGACAUGUUUAGUCCUUUAACAAUAGUGGGGAACAAGAAAUAUCACACUGUUAAAGUUUUCUGCAAACUCAGGAUGAAUGAAUUAUCUUUCAACUCAACAGUAGAAGACCUAUCAUAAUGUUCCAUAACUGGAGGUUUUAAGAAGAGAUUGGACACCCAUUUGUCUGAAAUGGUAUAGGGUUUUCUGCCUGAGCAGGGGGUUGGAUUAGAAGACCUCCAAGUCCCUUCCUACUACUACUACUACUACUACUACUACUACUACUACUGCUGCUGCUGCUGCUGCUGUUGUUAUUAUUAUUUUAAAAUUCUGGGCUUGGAGAGGGAAAUCCAGGUUCUAGUCCUCUCUUAGGUAGGGAGGGGAGUUGGCACUGCCUUUCAGCCCUAAUCAAACCCAGUCUUUGCAAUAAGACAUCUGAAAACAAAACAACUUGUAGCAUCAUGUACUGAAACUUUGCUGUGUGACCUCUGCAGGCACAGACUAAAAGAAGCCUGGCAACCAAACAAGAUAAAUGCUAAGAAAAAUAGAAAAUAAACUAUCCAAGUUUCUGCUGUAUACAUAGAGCAGAGCCCUUAUUUCUUCAGGUCACUAGUAUAUAUGUAUGUUAAAUAUUAAUACUUUCUGUCUGGAAUUUAUAGUUGUCAUUGUGUUCUGGCUAUUUCUGUUCAUUACCCUGUGGACCUAUUAAAUUUUUAUCUUACUGGAUAAAAUACACUACUGUAAUCAAGAUCUUUCUCACCGCUUAGAAUUUCCUAUCCAGCAGGUGUUGCGUGGGUGUCUUGCCUUUCAAGGUUUGGAGAACAGCCCAAGGAAAAAAGAUUGCCGCUGAAAUUAAUGGAUAAAGAAGAGAAAAUCUCCUGAAUGCUGCAAAAGAGAUGUUGAAACGUCUGCAUAGUAUUUGAAAAAGCUGGUAAAAUAAAACAUGCUACAUGCAGUCCUGAUUACUGUAGCUCUUCACUGGCUUAUCACAUAUAAAUAUGGUGCAGGCAGUGGGGCUAUGGUAGAGGCUUCAAUAAUCCCAGUUGGAGAUCCUAAUGUAGCAGUGGGAAAACUAUCAUCCCAGUCUAGUACAUUUGAAGAAAAAGGGGAGUCAAGGAAGGCCAUUGAUGGAUCCCUGGCAAAUAUCUACACAAAUGGAGACUGUACUCUGACAAAGAAGGAUUUUGAGCCCUGGUGGAUGGUAGAUUUGAUUUCAGCCUUUCAAGUAUCUGCAGUAGUGAUCACAAACAGAGGAGAUUGUUGUGAGUCAUGGAUAAAAGGAGCUGAGAUUCUGAUUGGAGAUUUGCCGCAGAAGGGCGGCACAAUGAAUCCCAGGUGUACUACAAUCAACAGCAUGGGACGUGGGGAAACAAUGUCAUUUAAUUGUGCAGGCAUGCAAGGACAGUAUGUGACCAUCACAAUCCCUGGGAGAUAUGAAUUCCUAACACUCUGUGAAGUGCAGGUGCUUGCACAUCCAUGGCUUCAUAUAGUUCAUGAUGGAGGACGGAGUCCUGUUCGAGACAGUGACACUGAUUCAGGUCUACAAGACAGAGUUCUGAGUUUCCCCAAAGAAACAAAAAGCAGUUUUGUGAUCAUAUCCCCAAUGCAGCCUUUGAAUUUGAUGGAAUUCACACUCUGUAUGAGGGUUGCAGUAGAGUAUUUAGAUGAACACAGAAUAAUUCUCUUUUCCUACCAUUCUCAAAAUGAUGAAUUGAGAAUCUUGCGUGAAGCAAUGGGCCACUUUGGUUUAUACAUGGGGGGUCGGAGUGUGAGGUUUGCCCUUCCUGAUCUCAGCACUUUGGGGAGCCACAUCUGUGUCACCUGGGAGUCAGCAUUUGGCCUUACAGCCUUUUGGAUGAAUGGAAAAAGUAGUAUCCGAAAAGUGCAUAAUAUGGGACACAUUCUCCAAGCAGGUGGUACAGCAAUGCUUGGACGGGAUCAAGGUGCACAAAAUAUGCCUGAUCAGCAAAAGCCACAUUUUGUGGGAGAAAUAUCAGAUCUCUACAUGUGGGAUUAUGUACUGAAAUCUCAUGAUAUAGAGAAAGUUUUGCAGGCCCAUGAGUUUCCCAGGGGAAACAUCUUUGACUGGAAAAUAUUGUCAUAUAAAAUUAUAGGUAAUGUGAUGGUAUUGCCUAAGGCCUAAUAAUUCUGUGUGUAUACAUAAAUAUGUAUGAAAAUACUGUCCUAUUAUGUUGGGCAGCAAGCAAAUAACAUUAUUAGUAUGUAAUCUAAGAUGUUGAAACAUAAUUAGUGAGCAUUUUGUUCUUAGUUUGUAAUUAUUCAUGCUGAAAUUCCUUGAAUUAACCCAUAUAAUAAAUAUAAUAAAAUUGUCUUAUGAAUAACAAGUUUGCAAAAGCAUAUUUUUCUUUUUCAUUUGAUAUGGCAACCAAAAUAUAAA